UUUUUAUUUAAAACGAAAUUGUUCAUCGGCAAGUUUGUUUUGGGAGAUUCGGUUCGUCUAAAAUGUCGCGAGUGUUGGUUAGUUUGCUGCUCGUUUUUAGUGCCGCUUGUUAUGCGGAUCAAUUCACUUUUUGCAAGGUGGGUCAAUCUGGAGCGGAUAAGUGUCUUACCAAAAAUAUCGAAAGUGCUAUUCGAUCGCUAAAAAAUGGUGCUCCUGAAUAUGGCUUAAUAUCAUUGGACCCACUUCAUGUGGAUAAGAUUACGAUCGAUGCAAAUCAAACUGUUCAAUUAGUGCAAUAUUACACCAAUAUCGAUUUAAGUGGAUUCAGCGAUGUGGAUGUCAAGAAAGCGCACUAUGACCCAGGAAAGAAGCUUUUAUCCGUCCUAGGUUUGUUUCCUCGGCUUAUCCAAGUAGGAAAUUGUAUGGCUAAAGGAAAACUGUUAUCAUUAGUAGUGGAAGGGAAUGGAAAUUCAACUUUAACUUUGGACAACACAGAAAUUUUGGUAAACAUUCAGUUCGAAGAUACGACAAAGGAUGGGAAAACCUUCUUCAAAAUAAAAUCAUUUGUAAUGAACAUAACACCCAAAAGGAUGACAUCGUAUUAUGCAAAUCUUUUCAAUGGAAACCAACUGCUAAGCGAUAAUAUUCUCAAACUGAUCAAUGAGGAAUGGGAAACUUUAUAUAACGAUGUAAAGCCUUCAAUCAAUGAGAAUUAUGCAUCUAUUUUUAAGAAAUAUGGGGAAGUGUUUUUCGAUAAAGUACCUGCCGAUACAAUAUUUCCCAAAUAAGAAACACACAAACAGUGAAAUCUUUGAACAAUUCGUCAUGUGAUUAUAAAUAUAUUGUUGAACAUUA